GAAAUCACCACAAGAGCCAAUCAGAAAUUGUGUGUAAUCUAGUGCCGCUUUUCUGUUGUGUAUUCGAGUGUAUUAGCUGUAUGUGUCUUGUGUUUUUACCCAAUAUUUCAUAAAUCCUUGCGUUCAUAAUGCCAUAUGCCAAUCAGCCGACAGUGAAAAUCACAGAACUCUCAGACGAGAAUGUGAAAUUUGUCAUCGAGAAUACCGAUUUAUCGGUUGCGAAUUCUGUCAGACGCGUUUUUAUGUCAGAGGUUCCGACUAUAGCAAUUGACUGGAUCCAAAUCGAUGCCAACUCUUCUGUUCUCCAUGAUGAGUUCAUAGCCCACAGAGUCGGUCUCAUCCCCCUUACAAGUGAUGACAUCGUGGAUAAGAUGCAGUACUCCAGAGACUGUACAUGUGAUGACUUUUGCCCUGAAUGCUCUGUUGAGUUGACCCUGGAUGUUCGCUGCACAGAAGACCAGACACGCCAUGUAACCUCCAGGGACCUUUUAUCCAACAACCCACGUGUGAUACCUGUGACCUCAAGGAGUCGAGACAACGAUCCCAAUGACUACGUAGAACAGGAUGACAUCUUACUUGUCAAACUUCGAAAAGGUCAAGAAUUGCGUCUCAGGGCGUUUGCUAAGAAGGGCUUCGGAAAAGAGCAUGCCAAGUGGAACCCCACAGCUGGGGUGGCCUUUGAGUAUGACCCUGACAAUGCGCUUAGACACACUGUGUACCCCCGUCCAGAGGAAUGGCCAAAGAGUGAAUACUCGGAGAUUGAAGAAGAUGAAGUGCAAGCUGCUUAUGACCCAAACGGCAAACCAGAUAGGUUCUACUAUAAUGUGGAGUCCUGUGGUUCCCUCCGGCCAGAGACCAUAGUGUUGUCUGCCCUGGCGGGGCUCAAGAAGAAACUGAGUGAUCUGCAGACACAGUUGAGCCACGAGAUUCAGAGUGAUGUACUCACUAUCAACUGAAGAAAUCCAGAGAUCCUCACGAGAGCAGAAACGCCCAAAUCCAUCAUUAAAUGACCCACAAGAUCUUUCAGUACAUGCUAAUUUGUUUUCUGUUUGUUUCUUGGAAUGACGAUAUCAGUCUGUAUAUAACAAAGCCAUUUUUAAUGAAUUUAAGCUUUGUCUAUGAAAAAGAAUAACUGGAUGGCUAGGAGGACAGGCCAGGUACUUCCAGUUUUGUCAUUGUUUUGAAACCAGCUGUAGGCACUGUAUUUUCUUUAAAAAAAUAAUAAAAGAUACAAUUCAUCAUA